UCAUGCUAUUGUUCAGUUUAUUUUGAAAGUGUAAAGUUGUUUGAUCACGAACGGUGCAUGUUUUAUGUUUUCAGAACAAAAAAAAUUUGUCUUCAGAGUUUUAAAAUGCAAUAAAAAAAAAGAUUGUGAUUUCAAUGCAGUUAUAUUUUGAUAAAUCGACUUUAUAGGAUAGAAACAUGUGUGCAAGUGCUAAAAUUGUGAAAAAUAUCCAAAUUCAGGCUCAUCAGUAUAUUGUUGUACUUUAUUGUUGUACAUUAUUUUUGGCAUCGAAUGCAUUGCAUACAUUCGAAACACCAAUUCGUGAGGCAUUGUUGAAACCACGAAAUUUUAACCCACAUCCACAUCAUAUCCAUGACCACAUACCACAACAAGGAGCCAUCAAUUUGAAUACCAUCGAUACAGAUUAUGUGGCGAAUUCUUUGUAUAACAUUGAUGUUGACAACUCAUUGGCAGUUCAACAUCAAUCCAACGACGUCAACUACCUAUUGAGCCAUGCACCACAUCGAUUUUCAACAUCAUUGUCACCACAUAGUUUGCAUAAUUUACCACAUCCAUAUGCUACAUUGAAGUAUAAAUAUAAUGGAAACCAUGACAACUAUCAUGCGGUUGAUAUAAAUGAAGAUUCGUUGGAAACACAGAAAAAGCAAUAUGCUUUUUCAUAUAAAGUACGCGAUACGUAUUCUGGUGAUGAUUUCUCACACACUCAACAACAAAAAAACGGUGCCGUACAGGGAACUUACAAGGUUCAAUUACCGGAUGGCAGAGUUCAAGUUGUAAGGUACACUGCUGAUGAUGGUGGAUAUCGUGCGGAUGUCUCAUAUUUGAUUGAUAAAAAUGCCGUUCAUAAGGCAGACGAAAGUGAUUAUGUCAAAUACAAUACAGAGGAAAAACCAUUUCAUAAAUUGCACAUUAAUCCAUAUAAUUCUGGAAUACCAUCCCAUCCACCGCCUACUGCGUCGUCAAAAAUAUUUGUGGCCACUGCUGUGCCUCCCAUACAUCAUGCAUCUUUGAGUUUAGAACAAAGACAAUCAAUAUCUGCCCAUCCAACCUAUGUGCUCAGUGCAAAAAAGACGCAAAUCAGUGAUGCCAUUCGUCUCGUGCCAACUGAAAAUUCGAUCGAUGACAAUUCAAUCUUGAAUGGCCCAUAUUCGAAAGCAACUCAUCAUCAUCAUCAUCCGGUGUAUUAUGAGAACCAUUGAUAAGAAAAUACAUAACAUUUGAUGAGAAUAAAAUUGUAUUUAUGUUUUUAAAA